AUGGUAAAGCUGCUACCAAACCAAUUUAAAUCCCUACGCAAGGUACAUAAAGGCCUAAUCCGAAGAUACGAAGGACCCUUCUCUAUCAUCGAGAAAGUGGGCAAAGCAGCUUAUCGAUUGAAACUUCCUCCUAGACUGAAGAUCCAUAAUGUCUUCCAUGUGAGCAUGUUGAAGCCUUUCUAUGAAGACAAGGAGGAUCCAAGCAGAGGUGAGUCCUCUCGUGCACCUACCGGCAUGAUCUCAGAGUUCGACAGGAAAAUCAAGGAGAUCUUAGCGGAGAGGAAGAUACGAAGGAGAGGAGUUCCCACUUAUAACGAAUAUUUAAUUGCUUGGGAAGGACUACCCGAAAGCGAAGCAAGUUGGGAAAAGGAAGACACCCUAUGGCAAUUUCAAGAUGAAAUCAGAAGAUUUCAAGAAAGCGCAACGGGGACGUUGCGAAAUCGAGUGGGAGGGUGUCACGCCCCAAAAAUGACCCAACAGAUUUUUCGCAAAUUAAGGCUCCUUAGCAUUGCCCAAGAGGAGCCAACCAAGUCCCAAGCAGUCCAAAGACCCAAGGAAGAGGAACAUUCACGCCAAGCCUAUGACACGCCAAUGUGCAGGAGAUUGGCGCGCGCGGCCCUGUCAUGA